AUUCAGGAAAAGGAAACUUCUGAGAAACCGAAACUGCUGGAGAAAGGGCAGAUCCACCGCCUCUCCAUCAUUUGCCCUUCACUGCUGCUUCUGCUCGGCACCAUGAACCACACGUCUCAAGCCUUCAUUAGCACUGCCACUGGGGGACAACCCCCAAACUACGAAAGGAUCAAGGAAGAAUAUGAGGUGUCUGAGAUGGGGGCACCCCACGGAUCGGCUUCUGUUAGAACUACUGUGAUCAACAUGCCCAGAGAGGUCUCUGUCCCUGACCAUGUGGUCUGGUCCCUGUUCAACACACUCUUCAUGAACUUCUGCUGCCUGGGCUUCAUUGCCUAUGCCUACUCUGUGAAGUCUAGGGACCGGAAGAUGGUGGGCGAUGUGACUGGGGCCCAGGCCUACGCCUCCACUGCCAAGUGCCUGAACAUCAGCACCCUGGUCCUCAGCAUCCUCAUGGUUGUUAUCACUGUCGUUGCCGUCGUCAUCGUCGUUCUUAACUCUAGUCGUUAUUAGACUUACUAGAGAAUUCUGGCUUCUGGUCCUGAUGUGCUCCACAAUCCUCAGCUGCAUCCCUCCUUGCCCCGCCCCCACACGCAGGUGUAACGCCCAUUUAUCUAUCCACGUGGAUUCAAUAAAGUACACUUGAUAGCCUCCA